GCUAUUCCUUCAACCCAUGUCUUUUGCAUCCUUCAUGCGUAUGGACAAAGCUAUAGGAGAUUGGUAAAAGGGCAUGUAGUAAUAAAAGAUUAUCAAUCUUGUAAAAAUAAAACGAACUAGAGGAAUGUUCUGCCGAGAAAAAUAAAGAAAUCCAAAAGAAUAAAUUAUUAGAAGCUUUUGAACAAAACUUGUAUUUAUGUUACGAUUCUCUUAGAUUUCGAAUUGUUGUCGGAAGAUAUUAGGGUGGACAACACUAUUACAGAUAUUGGUUGAAACAUGCAGGUUUUUUUGUGUGCAUGAAUUGCCUGUUCUUUUGUUUUGUUCUGGGCCGGGGGGGGAGGAAUAGUUUCUCAAAAUUUGCUCCUUUCACAUAUUUACUUUUGUCAGGCAAACUACGUAUGCAAAGGAAGAAUCAAGGUGACCUAGAAAACCUCUCAAAUAGAAUUGGAUUAGGUACUCGGCAGGUUGGAUUUUUGCCACCAAAUCAUCAAACCAUUCUCCAAUUUGUCAAGUAUCAUUUUGUAUUGAUACUAGGGCUUUUAGGACAAGGUGAAACGAGCGAUUUGGGAUGGUUGAAAAAAGAAAAAGAAGGUAAAAACACAGAGGUUGACGAGAAAAUUUUACCUUUAAGCGGCCCAAGUGACACAAUUGGGAAGAAAAAUGAUGUAGAAGCCGCCGAGAAGAAGAACAAUGACAAAAGGGAGACAGCAUUUUUUGUUGCAGCAAGAAAUGGCAUAGUUGAAAUGGUGAAUGAAAUUUUGUCUCAAAAACCUAUGGUGAUCCGUGAAACAAACUCGUGGGGAGAUAAUGUGUUGCAUGUCGCUGUGAGGAAUAGGAAAUCCCUUGUAGUGAAAAGUUUGGAAACAAAAUUGCGGCGAAAACGACAACUUUGGCAGUAAAUAAGUAUGGGAAGACCUUGUUACACCUGGUUGGCAAAUAUCUGGUGCUGCCUUACAAAUGAGAGUAGUGAGUGGCUGAGGGAGACAUCUGAAUCUUGUUCUGUUGUGGCAGCGCUUGUUGCCGGCGCUUCCUUUGCUACAGCCGCCACCAUCCCCGGUGGCACCGAUGAUAAAGGCAAGCCUCAUUUAGAAGACUAUCCUACAUUCGAAGCAUUUGUUAUUGCUUCGCUAAUUGGACUUUGCUUCUCUGUCACUGGACUCAUAAUGUUCCUUACUAUACUCACUUCUCGAAAGCUUCACAGAGAUUUUCGCAAAGAUUUGCCACGCAAACUUCUUUUUGGCUUGAGUUCUCUUUUCGUAUCCAUUGUUGCAUUGCUUGUUUCUUUCUGCACCGGCCAUUCUUUUCUGUUCACUCACGAAUACAAGAUGCUCAUAUUGCCCAUUUAUGUAGCCACUUGUUUACCGGUCACUUUCUAUGCCGUAGCACAGUUGCCACUCUACUUUGAUCUUCUAACAGCCAUUUUAGUAACGGUGCCACGGGCAACAGAUGAAGGAGACAGUUUAUAGGAGGAGAGGAAAUUAAUUCAGUGUGCUAUUCAGUUCAUGCAAUUAUCAUAUCAUAUCAUCAGCUUCGCGCAUUAAUUGAUUUGAUUCAGUUUGUUGCUUUUCCAUUUCAUGUCACGUUUGUGUUUAACAAUAGAGUGUGGUGUGCAUCUUUGUAAUAAACAUACAUUAUGACUUAUGAGCUACAAAGAAAAAAAAAACAGCUUUUGUGUUGGUUGUGAUUGAGGAGAAAAG